GCGUGAAACCUCGGAAGCUCCGACGGCUGGUGUUGAGGCGAAAAUGAACACCCCUAUGAGGUCAAAGAGCAGCCUGCGCCAUACCAACCGUAAAGGCAGUGACACGAGCUUUUCAAGUGGCUGCUCUUACAGCCCGUUGCCCCCAUCUGUAGUGCCGGACUUCAAGACUCCUGACUUUGAGCAGUUCCGUAGCCCUUUCAAGGACUGCACCAUACACAGGAAUCCCAGCAAAGGUUUUGCCAUGCGAUACGAUGACAGCUCUUCAGAGCUCGAUUCUCCGGUAAGCGCUACGAUCGACGUCAAGAAAACAGUGGCCUUCCCGAUCCCCGACACGCCAGCACAUUACACUGGCACACCCGAACUGAGUGGCAGCCCCGAGGUGUUCACACUUCCCGUCAAUGUGACCAUGAGGCGAAGGCGUGCAACGAGGAAUGUGUCUCCCCUUGUUCUACCGGAAUCGUUGCCGGAACACCUUACGGAGAGAUUAGAACAGGAGCCUGAAGGUGACAAAGGUGAUGAAUCGGGCGACAAAGAUGAUGAAUCAGACAUGUCUGACUAUGGCGAGGACACGGGGGGCGCCACAGAAAUCCCCAGUGCUCGAGCACCGACGGUGCCGCUUUUCCCGAGCCCGGACUUGGCAGCCUACAGGCGCAUCAUCCACGAGGAGAUGGCCAGGUGUUACGGUGCACACAUAGUGUCACCAGUCUCAACAGCCGAUUCUCCGGCAAGCACAGUGUCAGGAAUGUCGACUGGCGGCCACAUUGCCUCAUCUCCAGCUGUGGAGACUACCCCUGCAGUCCUCGUCCGUCGACACUGGCCACUGCCUUCGCGGGACUGUCGGCACAGCCAAGACUGAGCCCGAUUCUGAAGUUGUCGUCGCAACAAAAGGGCCACCUGAGUACUGUCUUGGAGUGCACGGAGACAAGCGACAAAGGGAGUGGGACAACUGCACUCUGGGCUCAUCCAGAAGAGUCUCUGAUAACGAAUGCCAGGCAGCCGUCAUUGAUUGAUGGGAAUUUCAGCUGUAUAUCACCAUCGGUGGCAUUUGGCCAUGAAGAGCUGGAUCGGCAGUCCGAACAGCCGCUUUCAGACUCGCUGCUUUCGUUCAUGAAACACGAGCGAAGCAUUCUGCAGGCUUCCUUGGAUGAGGGUGCCGUUCCUUUCCAAUAGCUGAGCAAGACAACUGUCGAGUCUGACGGCCGUCUCUGUGUCUUCACUUUUGACAACGGACACUGUUUUUGACAACUGUGUUAAAUAGUGCGAACCACUUUACUUUGACCAGCCAACAAAAGGCAGCAGGAGAGGGCCUGCACCAACUCUGGCAGUGUGAAAACCUAUUAAGCUGUUCUUUCAGUUGGCAGUGGUUGUCAGUUUUAGUGCUCUGCGUUUUUUUCUUUUUACAAGAGCUGCUGCAUGCAUGUAGGCUCGUACUUAUGACCGUGAAGUAAAUUAUUGCACCAAAAUUUUUUAUUGUGGACAAAUGGGCUGGUACAAUAUAUAUAUAUUGUUGCGCACAUGCACGAAGACAAAAGCGUA